UAACAGUACUGGGCCUUGCUCAAAAGCCACCUCGUUUAAUUUUUCCAUCAAGAUUAGACCCCUCAGUCUUCAGGAUGGACAAGGACAGGAGUCAUGUGACUGACACAAUAUUAAAUCUCACUCUUGAAAUCAUCUACCUAUUGACUGGAGAGGAUUAUACAUUUGUAAAGGAAUUAUCCACUAGCCUUAUUAAAAGGAAUUGUGGUGGCUCCCAUGUAUUGGGAGGAAUGGAACAGAAACAGAACCCCACCACACGAAGAAAAAAUGAGCAGAAGAUCCUGGACCUCACUAAAAAGAUCAUUGAGCUGCUGACUGGAGAGGUUUCCAUAAGGUGUCAAGAUGUCACUGUCUAUUUCUCCUUGGAGGAGUGGGAGUAUGUAGAAGAACACAAGGAUCUGUACAAGGACAUCAUGAUGGAGAAUUACCAGUCUCUUACAUUAUCAGAUGGAGCCAAUAAGAAAAAAAUACCAGAGAGAUGUCCUAGUCCUCUUCAUUCAGAAGAGUCUAGAAAUGAAGAUCACGACAUGCCCCAAAUUGGAGUUACAGAAAUUGCUGAAAACCAGUAUGACAAAAGUGAGAACCACAUCGGUUUUAAAGUUGUAGGUGGAGGACAAGAGAAGUGCAUUACAAACUCUAAUCAGUGUAAAAAGGUGGCAGUUGAUCCCGAUGGACACUCUGGCAUGAACAGCUCAAAGGAGCAGAUCAUCCUUUCUUCAGAUUAUGAGACAGAAGACAAUGAUUUCAAAGAAUUUUCUGCAGGAGAAAAUCCUAUUAUACCGAAUGUCUAUCCAAUAUUUCCUAAUUAUGACCUGUCCUCCAAUCCCUUUGAGCAAAGGGUACGAUUCCCUAAUUUCCCAGACUUUAUCUCUCACCAUCCACCAUUCGAACACUUUAAAACAUUUCCUUGUCCUGAAUGUGAUAAAUGUUUUAAUUGGAAAGCUAAGUUGAUCAGACAUUUACGUAGUCAUACUGGUGAGAAGCCUUAUUCUUGUCCGGAGUGUGGGAAGCGUUUUACACGCAAAUCUACUCUGUUUAGACAUCAGAAGAAUCACUCAGCAGAGGCAAAUGGCAGCAAGAGUACCUCAGACGAACAUCCGGCAUUGUCUCCUCCUUGUGACACAGAUGUCAUCAACAUCAAAGAAGAUCUCCAAGAUGAAAUCCCCAUUACCCCAGAUAUGUAUCCCAUAUUUCACAGUCCUGAAAUGUCAUCCACUUCCCCUGAACAACAUGUCCGCUUUCCUAAUACCUCCGAUAGUAUUCCACACCAUAGGCCAUUUAGAUACUAUAAGAUAUUUCCUUGUUCUGAAUGUGGUAAGUGUUUUAACAGGAACGCCGAACUUGUCAGACAUCAACGAAUUCACACAGGGGAGAAACCAUAUCCAUGUCCUGAGUGUGGAAAGUGUUUUGCUCGUAAAUCAACUCUUUUUAGACACCAGAAGAGUCACACUGGUGAGAAACCAUAUCUCUGCUGUGAAUGUGGCAAAUAUUUCACCCGAAACGCAAACCUUCUUUUACAUCAGAGAAUCCACACAGGCGAGAAGCCAUUUUCAUGUACUGAGUGCGGGAAACGGUUUUCUCAAAAAUCCUAUCUCAUUGCUCAUCAGAAAACUCACACUGAUGAGAAGCCUUAUUUAUGUGCUGAAUGUGGAAAGAGGUUUUCACAAAAGUCCUGUCUUCUCCUGCAUCGAAGAAUACACACCGGGGAGAAACCAUAUUCAUGUUCAGUAUGUGGGAAAAGUUUUGCACGGAAAGGAAUCAUGCUGAGCCAUGAAAGAACGCACUCACAAAGAAAAAGCCAGUUUCAUUAUUUGAAUAUAGACCAUUAUCCUAGUUGAAAGUAACUUUCACAGAGAUUGAGAUGUUCUUACAAUGCUGUCUUCCAGAGUGCUGAUUGUUGUGACACUGUUGGUUAAAUAUUAAAUUAUUACUUAUAAGAAUAAAUAUUAAAUGAAUCCAAUAUUACAUUACAUGGUCAAAAAAUAAAGUACAGUAGAAA